UAUCAGGUCUGUCGUCCUUCUCCUGUAGCGACAGCAGACUGCAUCAAAGUCGCGAAGCGCAACACGACAGCCGCAUCCAGCCAAGCCACCACGACCCCGAACACCCGCAUUUUCUCCAUACGCGCGAGACGAGGACUCACUCCGUGUACAAACUCUCGAUAAUUGGCAAACACCCUUCAGCGCGCCCAUUGACUGUUGCGCACGAAGCGCUAACCCGUCGCGGCGAGGACGCGCGACCGAGGUGAUCAGCGAAGUCUCGAUAUCAACCACGCCACGUCGCAACGCGACCCCGGCAGGCACGACCAUCACGGCAGGAUGGCCGAAGAACCCAUCAAGGCAGCUGGCGAGGCAUCGCGGGGCGAGGACAAUGGAAGUCAGAAAGCGUCCUCAUCAUCCUCGCCAGACGAAGCGAAGCAGAUUGGGAUACCAGUCCGCACCAAGGAGUCGCUCAACGAGUUGAUGAUCGAGCGCUACACGCAGCGUGAUCAGCUGGCAGCUGCUGCCCUGAGCGAUCACUUGGAGAAGACCAAGGAAUACAUGAAUGAUUUGCGCUUGACGGUACAAGACUACAAGGCACUCCGCACCGAAUACCGACCCUACUUCCCACCAGCAAAACUUUUCGGAGAAGGCUACAAUGGCUACGGCAACGGCUACACCGAGUUUCAGCAUCCGAGAAUCGUCUACCCGAGCCAGAAGCCUCGCAAAGGUGGCGCGAAGCAGACCCCAGCCUUGAAGUACAAGCGCAAGGAUAUGCUGAAGCAGGCCGAACAGCAUGAGGAGCUUGUUCCGAUACGGUUGGAGGUGGAGUGGGACAAGGUGCGAUUACGAGAUACCUUUACCUGGAACCUGCACGACCGAUUGAUUCACGUGGAGCUGUUCGCGUCGCAGCUGGUGGAAGACAUGGGCCUCAAACCACCGGCGCUCCAACCAGUCUAUGAGCAGGUUGUCCAGCAGAUGCGCGAGCAGCUCAAUGACUUCUACCCCCUAGUCUACUCGGAGGAGGACGCCCUGGAUCCGGAGCUACCAUAUUCGGCCUACAAAAACGACGAGAUGCGCAUACUCAUCAAGCUGAACAUCACGAUCGGCCAGCAUACCCUCGUGGACCAGUUUGAAUGGGACAUCAACAACCAUCACAAUUCGCCAGAGGAUUUCGCUUCCGCCAUGACCCGAGAUCUUGCCCUUAGUGGGGAAUUUACCACUGCCAUUGCACACUGCAUCCACGAGCAAUCCCAAUUGUUCGUACGGAGUCUCUACAGUGUAGGGCAUCCCUUUGACGGGAGGCCUGUGGAAGAUCCGGAUCUGGUCAACGCCUUCCUCCAGACGCCUUUACCACAGGUAUUCCGCCCAAUGCAACAAGCCAAAGACUAUGCACCAUACCUGUACGAACUUACCGACGCCGACCUGGACCGAAACGAGACGAUUCUCUCCCGCGAGCAGAGGCGACAGAAGCGCUCUAUCAACCGGCGAGGCGGCCCUCAACUGCCAGAUCUCAAGGAGAGACAGAGGACGAUCCGCACCAUGGUUGUUUCGCAGACAUUACCCGGCGGCGCCCCCAAUGUUGAGGAGAGCAGAUUGUACAAGUCAGCGGCACGGACAAAGAAACGUUAUCCACGUGAUGGCGAGGUUUCCGACUCGGAAGAGAGCGACGACUCGGCACCUGAAUCGCCAGCACCAACAUCAUUCCUGGCGCAGGGCACGGCUCGUACUAGAGGUAUGCGCGGCGCUGCUUCUGCAGCCGCCCAGCGGAUGGCCAACCUGGGUCGCUCCGAAACACCGGACGCCGGGAGCAUUGCGCACCACCACGAGACGCGUACCUCACGCCGCUUCAGAGAGGAGACAGAGGAGCCUGCGCACUUGUGGGUCACGGUCAAGUUCAACAACCGGCCGAGGUUUCAGCGCGUCCUGCGCGGCGACUAUCGUGACUUGAAGGCGCCGUCAGAACACCAGACACCUGUCCCGCCCCCGAUGCAUACGAGAGCGCCCAGCACGUCGAGCAACUCGAGAUCCAUGCCGCCCCCCUCAACACCCACCUCGGCGACGCCUCAGCCGUCGACACCAGCGUACUCUUUCCCGCAAGGCCAGAUUGGCCGCAUUCCCGCUCCACCUGUGGCGCAAGGUCAGCCUCAACCACCAGCCCCGCCACCACCAGAGUGGCUCGUCAAAGCUCUGAAGGACCUCCAAAAGGACUAUCCAGACGACCUCUUUGAAGCUGUCAUGAAGUACUCCUACCUAGACCCCAUAACCGAGGUGCCUCUACCGGCAGGACCGCACCCUCCAGGCGUCAAGUAUGCCUGGCUUCCCCGCAUCCGUUGCAAGGACUGUCCUAGCAAGCUUUACACGCCUGGUCCGGACCAGACAGCGCAGAAGUUCGAGGCGCAUCUGAAGUUUUCGAGCCACAGGGCGCUGGUCAAACAACGCAUCGAGGGAUAGUCUCUCCGCUGCACACGGUCCAGUAAACGGCGAUGAAAAAAAAAAAAAAAGAGUGUUGUGGCAGGAAGGGUGUGCCUUUGUAUGGAUAUGCGGCUGUUUCGGCUCUAGGUAUAUAUCAGGGUUUCCUUGCAGGAGUUUUCGGUGGCUAGCUGGGGUGUUGUUGACUUGCUACUACGAGUUGGCUUUUUCUUUUUUCCCCCAACUGUUCUUGUAUACCGCGAGAUUUUAUGCAUAGAGGCGGCUUUAUAGCUGGACAAGAAGAAA